AUGCCCGCCGACCGUCGAGCUGCCUUUCCGAAUGCGAAGCCCGUCAAGACGGAGCGCACCCAUGAAGAGAAUCAGGAGCGAGCAUACAUCGCCGCCUCGCGGCGGAGUGAUCGCAGUCUCGAGGCGCGCAUAGAAUCAGCGCGUCGAGCAUCUGAGAUCCACAAGAAGCGAACAGGACGUGCGUUGCGCGUCACCGAGCAGGAUGUUGUCAACGAAGAAAUGUACGAAGAGGAGGACGACGACCUCCCGACCCAGUACCAGCGACUGAACGCCCACCUGCAGACUUCAUCCUGGAUAUUCAACCGUAAGCUGCAUGACUACAUUGCGACUCAGCAGGGUGUCAGGAAUAUGUUUCUACACCAGCAGUUCCCCGGUCAGUCGUUUCAACCCUACGGCGCCCAGUUCGCGCCAAACGGUCAGGUCCCUAUGGUGAACCAGACAAUGCUCCCUCCCCAGACCUUCAACCCCCCUGCGCAGACCUUCGCACAGCCAUCGCAGCCCUUCAGUCCCCAGGGCUAUCAGCAGAAUCAGCAGGGCUAUCGACACGCCCCCUACAACAUCCCUCAGCGGCCUCAGUCACACCAACGGUCGGCCUCGAUUCCCACACCUCAAUCAGUGCAGAAUUUUACACCUUCCAUACCGCAGGGCAAUCUGGAUCCCACAACCGCUCAGGGGGAUGUCAGCAGGAGGAUGUCGCUGCCGCCUCACGCUUUGGAGCAAGGAAAUGAGAGCCAAUCGCGUCCGUCGCUCUCGAGAUCAUCAACUGCCCAGAGUCUGCAGCAGCAGCCUGUCUCUACUCACGGUGUCCCUAGCGGAUCUUCAGCGCCUACUUCAGCGCAGGGCACGCCGCGGGUACGGUCAGGGAACACCACCCCGGUGUCUCAUCAGUUCGCCUCGCUACCGUUUAGCACCAGCUCACAGGUUAUCGAUAUGAACCCUCUGUCCCUGUCUCUGCCACCUGAGUCACAGCAGCUCAUUGGGUCGGCGCUCGAUCCCAAUGACCCACGCACGGCUAUCUUCAUGGCUGGCAGCGACAACAUUCCCCAGCCGUUUAUGGGCACAUACUCGUACAAUCCCAACCUUUCUCCAAAGUCGCGGAUGGGCGCUUCAGUUGCAGGCAUGACACAGACGUUAGCUCCUGAAAACUCCAUUAAGCUGGACACUGCCAUGGAUGGUACUUCCUCCGACAGUCCGCCUUCAGCGAUGUCAGAAAGCAUCUUUUCACCCCAUUCGCUUUUCACACCUUCGGGCUUCGAGUACUCCAAUUUUUUUGACCAAUAUCAGGUUGCCGACGGCAAUCAGACCACUAGUGACCACACGCCAUUUGAGGAUGACUCAUUCGUCAAUUGGAGUCAGUAG